AUGGACGGCAGCGCCCAAAGACCCGCACCCGUUGCAGGACUGCCCGGAAAGGAUACUCUACCCGUAAUCGGUAGAUCUGUAAAUGCCAAGUACCGUCGACACAGCGAUCCGACCAAAAUAUUCGAAACUGAUGCAUUGAAAGCAGAUAAUAACCGUUCAAGCAUUGUCAAGGCUAAACACAAAAAGGAGAAAAGCUUCCCAGUGGCUUGGCGAAGUGAAUUGAAUAAACCGCGGUCUGGAUCAGCUCAAGCGAGGCUUGAAAACUUACGUGCCGCCUUGCAGAAGGAGAUUGAUGAUCAGAAAGAACAAAAGUCUAAAGCAUCAACAAGUGAAUCGAAACUUUCUUCUGAUCAAAAUAGCUUUCCUGUACAGACCCUGAAAAAGGAAAAGAAUGGUCGAGAGUCAGAGCUGAAAUCAAAGUACGACGAAGGAUUAUCCAAUUAUCCGAGGUACUUCUACUGCAUUGUUGACACCUGCGUUUUCAUCAACCAUUACAAGGACAUUGAUAAUUUCCUAACGAAAAAGUUUGCAGACCGUCAACCAAUUUUGAUUGUACCUUACAAAGUUCUUGAUGAACUCGAUAUAGUGAAAUACAAAAAACCUCAUCUAGAGACGCAGAUUAUGCCUGUAAUAAAAUUUCUACACCGGAUGCUGCGAGCGAAAGAUCCUAGGAUAAAGGGUCAACAUCCUUGGGACGAUACCGUGGAGUUUAUGCCGAUAAAUUCACCAGAUGAUUCCAUCAUUAACUGUGCUCUUCAGGUGCAGUCUGUGGCCGAUAGUGAGGCAAAGGUUUUGGUGGUAUCCAACGAUUGCAAUAUGCUAACGAAAGCACUUGUGGCUCAUUUGGAUUCCUGUACGAUGGCAGAACUCCAAAAGGAUUACAAGUUCUAACGCUUUCUACCCUUGCGAUUCGAUAAUCGUCACGGUGAAAAAACAAAUGAUAGAGUGCCUUGUUAUACAAUAAAUACAAUUACUCUCGUGUAAAUAUUGCCAACUUCCGCUUACGAUUUCCGUCUGUCGAUAAGAUACCACCAAUGAUUGCAAAAUCGUAUUUAAUAUCCUCGUUAUAUGCAGUUAUUGCAGUUAUAUGUUGGAUUCAAUAUGUUACUACCU